UUUGGUUUUUCGAACUGUUGACUUUUGUUAACAUAUAUGAAAAACAUAGAUACACGCCUCAUGUAUAUGGAGUAAUGCUAGCUACAAUAAGAGCCAGAGAUAACUUUAUUAGAGAUAAAUGUGAAGUGAAUAAGAAGUAUUGUACCAGUCCCGGUCCUGUAAGAGCUAAAUGCCUGGCCAUGUUUGUAGUGAGGAAAUCUACCAAUGAAUGUCAGAAGUCAUGGGUUUGGUUAUGCGGAUGUGGUGAUGUCAAUUGGUGGAUGAAUUUUGUGCUUUUACUAGACAUUGUAUAA